CCUUAAUACUAUACAUACAUCUUUCUGUCUGUAUAUACACAGUCUAGAGAGAGAGAGAGAGAGAGAGAGAGAGAGAGAGAGAAGAUGUUAGGGAUAUUCAGCAGCUCGAUAAUGUCUCCGCCGGAGGAUCUGGUGGCCGCCGGGAGCAGGACUCCAUCGCCCAAAGUGACGGCGGCGAAGCUGGAGGCGCGGUUCCUGGAGGCGAACUCAUCGGCGGUUUCCGUUCGGAUCGGCGAUGAUGUCCAGCUGGCGUAUACUCACUGCAACCAGUCUUCUUUACAGCCCAGAUUAUUUGCGGUUAAGGACGAAAUUUUCUGCCUAUUCGAAGGAUCACUCGACAAUUUAGGGAGCCUUAAGCAACAAUACGGGCUUGCAAAAUCCGCAAACGAGGUUCUUUUGGUAAUCGAGGCUUACAAAACGCUUCGUGAUCGAGCACCUUACCCUCCGAACCACGUUGUGGGCCACCUCCAAGGGAACUUCGCCUUCAUCGUUUUCGAUAAAACCACCUCUACUUUAUUUGUUGCUACCGACCAACAAGCUAAGGUUCCUCUUUAUUGGGGAAUCACUGCCGAUGGAUGUGUCGCGUUUGCUAACGAUGCCGACUUGCUCAAGGGUGCUUGUGGGAAAUCGCUCGCUUCUUUCCCACAAGGAUGCUUCUUUUCGACAACGGUCGGGGAACUUAGAAGCUACGAGAACCCGAAAAAUAAGAUUACGGCCGUUCCUGCACUAGAGGAAGAAAUAUGGGGGGCCAGAUUCAUGGUGGAAAAGCCGAGCAUAAUUGCAGCCACAACAAAGUAGAUCAUAUGAAAUAUUGGUGGUGAUGAAUAAAUAAUCUUAUCUUUUAUGUUCAUUGAAAGAGAAAGAUAGGCCUUAUUGUGGUGGUGGAGGAGUAAGUGAGAGCCAUGUAAAUAAAUGGAGGAGAGUCGUUUGUUUAAUUUGCUUUUCUUUUCGAUGUUUUCUUAAAGCGUGUUUUUCGUAGUUGUAUAGUCGCUUUUUUCUAGGUGUGUAAUGUAAUAAUAAAGUUUGGUUCACAUGUUCGAACUAAUGGAACACUGCGUUUCACUUAUUAUACGUUUUCUCUUUCUAUGUACAUUAUUCGAUACUCGAUUGGAGAUCGUUUUUUA